AUGCGGGUUGCUGAUCGAUCGAAGCCCGUAGCAGCUCCGGCGAAUUCAGCUCGCGUUGGCAGGCUGGCGCGCUCACGUGACUGCGUGAGUGACCUCGUCACCGUGGGAAAAGGAUUUCAUUUCGAGGGCGCCCGAAGCCACAGUUCAGCGGGGGUCCAGAGCGCUCGGACGGGCCGAGCCCGGUGUGAAUUCACGCGCGGGCUAGACUCGGAGCUCAUACUCGGCGAGCGCAUCGCGAGGUCGCGGUCGGAGCGGAGAGAGAAGGGAGCGCGAACGGAGAGGGCGGUCGCCAUGGGAGCACCGGCAGGCGGCGGCGGCGGUGGUCGCGGCGGUGGUCGCGGCGGGGGCCGGGGCCGGGGCCGGGGCCGAGGCGGCGGCGGCGGGAAGGGCGGCAGGGGCGGCAAGAAAGUCUCCACAAAGAACCAGAUGAGGAACAUCCAACGCCUGCUCAAGCGCGAGGGCCUGCCGGAGAAGCUGCGCCUCGAGAAGCAGCGCGAGCUCGAGAAGCUGGAGGGCAUCUUCAAGGAGAACAAGCAGGCGGAGAGAGAGCGGAAGAUGGCGGUCAAGUACCACAAGGUCAAGUUCUUCGAGCGCGUCAAGCUCACGCGAGCGAUCGAGAAGCUCGAGAAGGCCAACCCGGACGAGCGGCGGCGACCGGACGCGGUGACGAGGGAGCUCGAGUCGCUGCGGGACGACCUGCACUACGUGACCAACUUUCCAAAGGGGUACAAGUACGUGUCGGUGCUCAAGGGAGACGCGGAGGACGACGCCAUCAAGCGCAAGCGGGAGAAGCUGAGGCAAAUCAUCAAGGAGCGCGGGCUGGCGGACGCCGCGCUGGCGGAGGCGAACGAGGGCGGGACGGACGUCGCGGCGGCUGCCGCCGCUAAGAAGGAUGACGGAAAGGAGAAGGAUGACUUCUUCAUGGAAAGCGACUCAGACUCGGACUCGGACUCGGGCUCGGACUGA